GGGGGAGCGGCGCGUGCGGGGAGCGCCCGGGCGGCAGCGCGCCCGGCAUCCAUCCCCUGUGUCUCCCGCAGCCCCCCGUCCUCCUGGCCGGCCCCGCCGCGAUGUUCUCCAGGAAGGGCCACGCCGACGUCAGGAAAUCCACGCAGAAGGCGCUGGACCCGAAGCGGGACGUGCUGACCCGGCUGAAGCAUCUCCGCGCGCUGCUGGAUAUUGUGGAUGGAAGUGACCUGAAGCAAUUUUUUGAUAAUAAUUAUUCUCAAAUUUAUUUUAUAUUCUAUGAAAACUUCAUAACACUGGAAAAUAGCUUGAAACAAAAAGGGAAUAAAUCACAAAGGGAGGAGCUGGACUCCAUCCUCUUUCUUUUUGAAAAAAUAUUGCAGCUACUGCCUGAGAGGAUUUUUUAUCGAUGGCAUUUUCGCAGUAUAGGGUCAAUUCUGAAGAAACUUUUGCACACUGGAAAUUCUCUCAAGAUAAGAUGUGAAGGAAUCCGGCUGUUCCUGCUCUGGCUCCAAGCCCUGCAGACGAACUGUGGGGAGGAGCAGAUCCUGCUGUUCGCCUGCCUCGUGCCCGGCUUCCCCCCGCUGGUGUCCUCACGGGGCCCCUGCACCCUGGAGAGCCUCCUCAGCCCUCCCUGCCCGCCCGACGCUAAGAUUUUUCCGGAGGAAAUAACCCCGCUUUUGCCAGCUGUCUCUGGAGAGAAAAUUGCUGAAGACCAAACCUGCUAUUUUCUUCAGCUCCUGUUAAAAUAUAUGGUAAUCCAGAGCUGGCUUUGCCCCUCCCCUGGAAGAAACUGGCUCCUGCACUUUAUUAGGCUUGGUUUUGAAAGGAAAAUCAUCCCAAAGGCUGCAAGCUUGGAGUGGAAAAACAAGGAGAACCAAGACACUGGGUUUAAGUUUCUCUUUACCUUGUUUAGAAAAUACUAUCUUCCUCACUUGUUUCCAUCUUUUACAAAGCUAACCAACCUCUACAAACCUGUGCUUGAUAUUCCUGAUAUCAGGCCAAGGCCGGUGUAUGUCACUGCAACACGAAACAAUGAAAGUGUCUAUAGCACAAAAAUCCCGUAUAUGGCAGCUCGAGUUGUUUUUAUUAAGUGGCUUGUUACCUUCUUCCUUGAAAAGAAAUACUUAACUGCUGUCCAGAACACAAAAAAUGGAGGAGAAGUGCUCCCUAAAAUUAUUCAGACGGUGGGGGUGAGCCAGGACAAGGCGGCGGAGCUGGAGGGCGGCGCGGCGCAGGAGCAGGACGGGAGCCACUCCAACAGCAGCACCCUGUCCGACAGGAGGCUCAGCAACGCCAGCCUGUGCAGCGUGGACGAGCAGCACCGCGGCGUCUACGACAUGGUGCAGAGGAUCCUGCUCUCCACCCGCGGCUACGUCAACUUCGUCAACGAGGUCUUCCGACAGGCUUUUUUGUUGCCACCUUCUGAUGUAUCCGCAACACGGAAAGUGGUGAAGGUGUAUCAGAAGUGGAUACUGCAAGAGAAGCCCGUGUUCAUGGAGGAGCCAGACAAAAAGGAGGACAGCCAGGAUGCUGUUGUCCACCUGGAAGACUCCUCAGUGCAAACAGACGGUAAACAUCUUUCCUCGGAGCACUCCGGGCACAAGCGCUCCUCCAGCUGGGGCAGGACGUACUCCUUCACCAGCGCUGUGAGCAGGGGAUGUGUGCUGGAAGAUGAGGACAGAGAUGUGAAAGCUGGAGCCCAGGCUGCAUUACAGGUGUUCCUGACAAACUCGGCGAAUGUUUUCCUGUUGGAGCCGUGCACUGAGGUCCCGGUGCUGCUGAAGGAGCAAGUGGAUGCUUGCAAAGCUGUUCUCAGUAUCUUCAGGCGCAUGAUAAUGGAGCUGUCAAUGAAUAAGAAGACAUGGGAACAGAUGCUGCAGAUACUCCUCAGAAUAACAGAAGCUGUGAUGCAGAAGCCGAAAGAAAACCAGCCAAAGGACACAUUUGCCCAGAGCAUGGCUGGGUUGCUGUUCCGAACCCUCAUUGUGGCUUGGAUCAGAGCGAACCUGAGCGUUUACAUCUCGCGGGAGCUGUGGGAUGAGCUGCUCAGCGUCCUGUCCUCCCUGACGGACUGGGAGGAGCUCAUCAACGAGUGGGCCAACAUCAUGGACUCCCUGACAGCAGUGCUGGCCAGGACCGUGUACGGCGUGGAAAUGACCAACCUCCCCUUGGACAAGCUCAGUGAGCAGAAGGAGAAAAAGCAGAGGGGGAAAGGUGGCAUUUUAGAGCCUCAGAAGACAGCAGUAGUGGGAAGAUCUUUUUCAUUAAGCUGGAAGAGUCAUCCUGAAGUCGUGGAGCCGAUGAGAUUCAGAAGCGCUACAACCUCUGGGGCCCCUGGAGUCGAGAAAGCCCGAAAUAUUGUUCGUCAGAGAGCGACAGCUAAGCGAAGCCAGUCUAUCAGCAACUGUGUCCAUCUUUAUGAGGCUUUGCCAGCUACUAAAAGUGUACCUCUUCUGCUUCACACUGUGAGCUCUCUCUUCCCUGGUCUCUCUUACACUUCUUGCUCUCACAGACUGUCAGAAGUUGAAGAAUCUCAACAGCUGGAAAAUUCAGAAGGAACAGAAGCUGUGGGCCCGUUUGCAGACCAAGAGCAGCAGCUGACUCGAAGUAGCAGCACUUCAGAUAUUGCAGAUCAGAUUCCAUCUGAUUUUUUCCAAGGUAAAAAGGCUGGAAGUUCUCAUAAUUCAACUUCAGACUCCAAAUCAGUUCAGGAAAACAAGGGACAUGCAAAGAAGGAGGAUGAAGCUGAGCAAGUGCUAAUACGAAGGAGCAGUAGUACAGCUGAAUUAGAUCUGAAAGCAGACUUUCAGCCACCGCAGGGGAAUUACAGAGACAGAGAAAAAAGUGAGAGCGUGAGCAGCGACGCGUCCCUGGGCUGCGGGGCCGACGUGGACAUCGCGCUGCUGCCCUGGCAGGCGGCCGAGGACGACCCCGACCCCGACCCCGCCGCGGCCGCAGAGCUGUGUGUGGAUCCCACUGCCCCGCGCUGGCUGCAGCUCAGCCCCUCGGAGCCUGCCAACCUCACAGACAGUAGUGAAUUCCUUGCUGAUGACUGCAGUAUAAUUGCUGGUGGAAGCCUUAUUGGUUGGCAUCCUGAUUCUGCUGCUGUGUUAUGGAGGAGGAUCUUGGGAAUUCUUGGAGAUGUGAACAAGAUACAGUCACCUAAAAUCCAUGCAAAAGUUUUUGGAUACCUUUACGAGCUGUGGUAUAAACUUGCAAAGAUAAGGGACAACCUCGCUAUCAGUGUGGACAAUCAGUCGACUCCCUCUCCUCCCAUCCUAAUCCCUCCUCUCAGGAUAUUUGCAUCGUGGCUGUUCAAGGCAGCCACGCUGCCCAGCGAGUACAAGGAGGGCAAGCUGCAGGCGUUCCGGCUGCUCUGUGCCAUGAUGACCCGGCGCCAGGACGUGCUGCCCAACUCCGACUUCCUCGUCCACUUCUACUUCGUGAUGCACCUCGGCUUGACCAGCGAGGACCAGGAUAUCCUGAACACCGUCAUAAAGCACUGCCCACCCUGGUUUUUCUUCCUGGGCCUGCCUGGGUUCACGAUGCUGAUCGGGGACUUCGUGGCGGCGGCGGCGAGGGUGCUGCGCGCGGACACGCUGGAGGCUCCCCGUUCUGAAGCUCACACCAUCCUUGGUGCUCUCGUGUGCUUUCCAAAUACCUACCAAGAAAUCCCACGGUUGGGGCCCAUUUCAGAAGCCAGUGAGAUCAGCACAGGAACUGCAGAUGUGAAGUGUUGCCUCAUAAAUAUUUUAUUGAAGAAUGCUACAGAGGAGCCAAGUGAAGCUGCAAGGUGCAUAGCCAUCUGUGGCCUGGGAGUGUGGAUCUGUGAGGAGCUCACGCAGUGCACAAACCAUCCCCACGUGAAGAAGGCCAUCAAUGUCAUAGGUGUGACACUGAAGUUUUCCAAUAAGCUGGUAGCUCAGGUAGCCUGUGAUGUUCUUCAGCUGCUGGUGUCUUACUGGCAAAAGCUUCAGGAGUACGAAUCCUCCCUGUGCCGGAAAAUCACUGAAAUCCUCGUGGCCACCAUUGCCUUCCUUUUGCCGAGUGCCGAGUACUCCUCCGUGGAGGCGGAUAAGAAGUUCAUUGUUUCCCUGCUGCUGUGCCUGCUGGAUUGGUGCAUGGCACUGCCCAUGAAAAUGCUGCUGGAGCCUGUGUCUGCUGGUGCUGUGGAAGAUCAUCACGCAUCCAGAGCUCCUUUACUGGACUACAUUUACAGAGUCCUGCACUGCUGUGUGAACGGCUCCAGCACGUACACGCAGCAAAGCCACUACGUGCUGAGCCUGGCCGACCUCUCCUCCUAUGACUACGACCCCUUUUUGCCACUGGGGAACGUCAGGAGCUCGGAGCCAGCCCAGUGCCACUCCUCCACAGAUUUGGGCAACCUGCUCACUGUUGCUGAGGAGAAAAGGAGGAGGAAUUUAGAAUUGAUACCUCUGACAGCGCGGAUGGUGAUGACUCACCUGGUGAAUCACCUGAGCCACUACCCGCUCAGCGGAGGCCCUGCCAUUCUCCACAGCCUCCUCAGUGAGAACCAUGACAACUCCUAUGUGGAGUCCUCUGAGCUGUCCUCGGAAGUCUUCCGGAGUCCCAACCUGCAGCUCUUUGUGUUCAAUGACAGCACUCUCAUAUCUUACCUCCAAAUCCCUGCAGAGAAGAGGGCGGGUGCUGAGCCGGCAGCAGCCCCCUCGGACGUCAGGGUGAUCGUCAGGGAUAUCUCAGGGAAGUACUCUUGGGAUGGCCGGAUACUGUACGGCCCUUUGGAGGGCUGCCUUCCUCAGCGGAGCACCACCAACACCUUUGUGAUCUCCAGCAACCCCGAGCACCACUUCGCUUCCCAGAACGACAUUUCCCAGGCAGAGGAAGGAGAAGAUGCUCUCGACCAGUUGCUGGAGAAGAUCGGUGCCACCAGCCCCGAGUGCCUUCUGCACCCCCAGCGCAAGCUGAACGAGCCGGCGCCGCCGCCCUGCGGGAUGAGCUCCGAGCAGGAGCGGGCCAUCAUGGAGGCCCUGAUGAGGCAGAGUGCCCAGGAAAGGGAGUUCAUCCUGAAAUGCAGCUCGGACUGCAGCAUGAAGGUGGCCCGCCAGGAACCACCACGCCCUGCUGAGCCUCAGGCCUCCUUUUAUUUCUGUCGGCUGUUGCUGAACGACUUGGGAAUGAACUCCUGGGAUAGAAGAAAAAGCUUUCACUUGCUUAAGAAAAAUUCAAAAUUGCUGCGAGAACUGAAAAAUCUGGAUUCCCGCCAAUGCCGUGAGACUCACAAGAUCGCCGUGUUCUACAUCGCCGAGGGACAGGAGGACAAGUGCUCCAUCCUGGCCAACGCCAGGGGAAGCCAGGCAUAUGAGGAUUUUGUAGCAGGACUGGGCUGGGAGGUGGAUCUCUCCACGCACGGGGGUUUCAUGGGCGGCCUGCAGCGCAAUGGCAGCACAGGACAAACUGCUCCCUACUACGCUACCUCCACCGUGGAGAUCAUCUUCCACGUGUCCACCAGGAUGCCCUCGGAUUCGGACGAUUCGCUGACCAAAAAGCUUCGUCACUUGGGAAAUGAUGAGGUUCACAUCGUCUGGUCUGAGCACACCCGCAACUACCGCAGGGGCAUCAUACCCACGGACUUCGGGGAUGUUCUCAUUGUCAUCUACCCCAUGAAGAAUCACAUGUUUUUCAUAGAGAUCAUGAAGAAACCAGAGGUGCCGUUUUUCGGUCCUCUCUUCGAUGGAGCGAUCGUGACCGCGAAGCUGCUGCCGAGCCUGAUCUGUGCCACGUGCAUCAACGCCAGCAGAGCCGUCAAGUCACUCAUCCCGCUCUACCAGAGCUUCUACGAGGAGAGAGCUCUGUACCUCGAAGCCAUCAUCCAGAACCACAAAGAGGUGAUGACGUUUGAGGAUUUUGCCGCUCAGGUCUUUUCUCCCUCUCCCAGCUACUCCCUCGGUGGAACUGAUUAGAGUGUGUAACGCUCUCGUUAAUGGCCGCAGGUAAGAGCGACGCUUCCCGCAGGCCCCUCUGCUGCUGCCGCUGUGCUUCACCUCUGACAGCUCUCCUCCUCCUCCUCCUCUUCCUCCUCUGCUCAGCGUGCGGCCGGGGUGGCUCUGGGCCCCUCUGGCUCUGUCUCUGGCUGUCCCUGCCCGCUCUGGCUCUGCGCGCCCCGAGCCCCGCGUGGGCCCCGCUGCCGGGCACAGGGACACGGGCACUGAGGGAAGGGCCUGGUGGUGUGUGUGACCAGGGAUGGGACAGCCACGGGCACUGAGCCAGGAGCCACGCUGGCCACUGUCCCCAGUGCCCACAGAGCUGUGUGGGGCUGCCCCUGCCACCAUGUUCACCCGUGCGACAGGCAGGGAGCAGCUGCCGGGCAGCUUUUUUCUCUCUGUGUAAAUUCCACUUGUUUGGAUGAGUUCUGAAUUUUAAGGGCUCCACUGGUCCAUGAGAGUCAGAAACUGGUGUUUGUGGUUUCCUUAUCAUUUACUAUUUUGUAUUUACAAGCUGCUGUUUGGUUUUCACUGCUGGUAAUUUCACAUUGCCCAGGCACACUCCCAAACAAACAACAGUGAGGGAGCAAACACCCUCCUCCAUAGCACAGGAGCAUCCCAACCCCAAGCCACCACCGACCAUGGGCGCAGCCGAGCACGCAGAGCCCCCUCUCCGACUCCGCAGCUCCCCUGGCAAGGCGGCCAAGUCAUUAGAGCCUGUGCCAGCCUGCCUACGAGGGGAAUGGGAACACUGGGUAUGGGAGCCUUUCUCCAGGCGGUUGUCACUUGCUCACUGCGCAGCUGCCACCUCCCCAUCAGUCACGGCGCUUUCAGGGAGCUGCAAGGUGGGCUGCAGAGCUCGGGACGUGCCAGAAGGAAGCUGGGACUGUCGGAAUGCUCCGGCUCCAAGGCGGAUGUGCUGCGGGUGCUCCUGGCCUAGGUGUGCCUGGCCACAGCCCCACCUGCCCCCUUGUCACAGGCAUCAGCCAUUGUUCAGCCCUCACAUGAGCGUUGCUUCAGCUCGUCCAUUUGGGGAAAACAGCACUAUUUUGACCAUCUGCCAUUCUGCCACACUGCAGGAAUGUCAAGUACGACACCUCCCUCGCAGCCCUUCCCUCCCCCACACUUUUCUCCCCAGCCAGCAGCACCACAGGUUUUGUUUUUAAUCCAAAACUGACAGCUCCGAAUUUUUCACAGAAAAUGCCUUUACAGGCUAAGUCACAUUUUCCACCUUUUUAAAAUGUGCUAUUUCCCCUCAGUCAGUUGUGUGGAAGUACCAAUCUGGUAAGUAAUGGCUGUCUUUGAGAUGCAGACGGGGGCUGUAGGCUGGCUGAGGGGGCUCACACUUUGGGUUUGGCUGCUGCUGUUGCACUCCUGCUUUGAGUCGCUCAAAUAACCCAGAGCUGCUGAAGCAGAACAGGUCACCCCUCGUGUUGAAAGCGCAGCAGAGCCCCCGUGGGUCUUUGUCCUGGGACAGGGGCAGGGCUCAUCCUGCCACCGCACUGACCCGCGGCCUCAUCCCCACCUGUCCAGGAGGGCAAGGCUUGCCCUGCUCACCUGUGCCCGAGGGGCAGCUCAGCCAAGGCCCUGCCCAGGCUUUGGGGUGUUUUGUGCAUGUCUGGGAGUCACCCGGGCUAGGAAAGGUGAGGGGAGGAUUAAAGAGCCCUGGACUGGCCAGGCACAGGAACUAACAGCAAAUAAAGGCACAGGCAGAGAACGGAGCCAGGUGUUGAACUGGAAAUAGGUCUGUGCUGCCAAACACAACCAUCCCCCUGGAGUUCAGAGGGAGUGGCACCGGCACUGGCCUUUGGUGUGGGCUUAGAGCCUCCCUUCACCCUCCUCACCUGGCUGCAAGGCUGUUCUUCCCUCCCACCUGUAGGAAAAAACUUGUGUUUACACUUCGGGAGAGAAUUGCAACACGGUUUAAAAAUACUGUUCCCCAAGGGAGCUGAUGAAAUGGUGUUCCUCUGGGAAGCACCUUGGGACAGGUCAGACCCCCAGCAGCAGGAGCAGGCAGGGUGUGUCCCUGGGAGCAGCUGCACCUGGCUUUGGUCAUUUGUGUCUCAGUUAAAGGCCCUGUGUUCACCUGCUCCCACUCAGCCAGCCCGAGCCUCUGGUUGUACUGGCCUAUGGGGAAUAAAUGAGGUGGAACUCCAGACUGUAGAACAACAAAGUGUAACCCCAGGUGACACCCCGUAGCCCCCAGGCUCCCAGAGACCCUUCUAGGGUGAGCCACCAGUAAUGAGGGUACCUGGUGUCCUGUCACGGAGUGAAAUUGGAAGAAAUUGUGAUUCUUUAGGGCUUUUUUAUCAGAGACACCAGACAUCUUCCAGGAGUUUUGUGCGAGUCCUCAUGCUGGGGAAGCUCGUUUCCAGCUCCCUGUAACAGACUGAAUACACAAGAGCUGCUUAGUGACACACAGCAAAAAACAAUUUUAUAUCAUCCACACAGAACUAUUGUAUGUGGGUUUGCUGGAGCUUCAAGUGAGCAGGAUGGGAGUAUCCUCCCCCCGUCCCAUGGGGCUGCUGCAGCACUGGGAGCCAUUGGGGGCUGUGCAGACCCAAAGGGGCUGGUGCCGGGGGCCUCAGCGCUCACCUGGGCACUGAGGCCUGUCACAGCCUGGCUGCUCCUCACUGAUUUCUCCAGGAAGUGCAGUAUAUAGCAGUUCCUCAGGUGCCUGGCCAAAUUCCUCCUGUAAAUGUCAGGUUCACCUGAGUGAUGCCGAGGAGGAACUGGGAAGAGGGGAGGGGCUGUGCCAUGCGGUUAUUCCAAGGCACACAGGCUCUUUUGUCCUGACCUGGUUUUUCCCUGCCCGCUCUGUGUUCCAGGCUGCCUCACCACAAGUGCAAGCGCUGACCUCACUGUCACCAUCGGCAUCGAGCUGGCGGAGCCGCCCUCGCCCACGCUGCCACGUGC